AUGAUGGCCUGGCCUCGUUGCUGCGUCUGUCUCUGUCUUUGCCUCUUUUACCUUCCCCUCAGUUCUUUGGCCUUUACCAUCAAAAGCCCGCCUGCCCUCCAGCGAGCAGCAGCAGCAGGAGCAGCAGCAGCAGCAGCAGCAGCAGCAGCAGCAGCAGCAGCGGGUACCGGGACGCGGAGUGGGUGUCUGCGUUCGAGUGUACGUACACCGGCGCUCACGGCGGAGCAAAUAAAGCAGGUUUUGCCCCACAGAUAUCCUUUUCUUUUGGUGGACAAAAUAGUCUUUUUCGAAGCUGGAAAAAGAGCUGUUGGAGUUAAAAACAUUUCUAAUAAUGAACUCCAAUUCAACGGACACUUUCCCCAAAGAGCCGUCAUGCCCGGCGUGCUGCAGCUGGAGGCCCUCGCCCAACUCGCGGGCAUCGUCGCUCUGCAGCCGCCGCUGUCGGACGGAAAAGGAGUUUUCUUUUUCGGGGGGGCCAACGGCGUGAAGUGGAAGCGGCCCGUGGUGCCGGGAGACUCGCUGGUGAUGGAGGCCGAACUGCUGACUUGGAAGCCAAAAUUCGGAAUUGCCAAAUUCAAAGGCCGAGGGUUUGUGGACGGCCAGUUGGCCGUGGAGGUCGAGGAGAUGACUUUCGCCUUCGGCCGCUAG